UCUUCCAAAGCACACCAUCUCCAUCUCUUCCCCAAGCGUGAGACCCGACGAAGCAACAAAACCGUGGACUAGCACCGCCGGUAUUCCGUUCCCAAAUUCCACAGAUUUCCACUACCCACUCCCAGUACUUAAGUCGGCGACCAACACAGCAGAAUCCCAACUCCCAGCCCCACUCCCACACCAAACGGGGGAGAAUCAGGCUCCCUUUCCGUUUCUUGAGAUCUCAGCCAAACCUGAACACUGUAAUCUCCGCAGCAGCAUCGCCUGACCGAGAGGUACUUUUUUUUCCCAACCAGGCUUUGACCCCUUUCCGUCAAGCAACGGAUAUAAUUGCUGGUAUUCUUGGUGGCCGGUUAAGUAAUCUUUGAUCCUCUGUUGAAGAUAGUAUAACAAAGGCGGUAGUUCAGGUCAUUAUCAAACAUGUCACUGCUUUCGAAAUUACGGUUGGUCACUGUGGAUGUAACUGGCACUCUUAUUGCUUACAAAGGCCGGCUUGGUGAUUACUACUGUAUGGCAGCCAAGUCUGCUGGAAAGCCAUGCCCCGACUAUAACCGAAUGCACGAAGGCUUCAAGCUUGCAUACACUGAGAUGGCUAGAAAAUACCCAUGCUUUGGGUUUGCGGCAAAGAUGCCAACGAUCGAAUGGUGGCGGAUUUGUGUCAAGGAUUCGUUUGUUAAGGCUGGCUAUGAUUACGACGAUGAGACAUUUGAGAAAGUCUUCAAGCGUAUUUAUUCUGCUUUCGGCUCCUCUGCACCAUAUUCGGUGUUUCCUGAUGCACAGCCCUUCAUGAGAGGGCUGAGAGAAAAGGGGAUCACAGUUGGGAUCGUCAGCAAUGCAGAGUAUCGUUACAAAGAGGUCAUCUUGCCUGCAUUGGGGCUGAAUCAGGGCUCGGAAUGGGACUUCGGGGUGUUUUCGGGAAUUGUUGGUGUCGAGAAGCCUGACCCAACGAUCUACAAGAUUGCGCUGGAAAUGGCAGGGAACAUCGCACCAGAAGAGGCACUCCACAUAGGCGACAGCAUGCGUAAGGACUAUGUCCCUGCAAGGAGCAUCGGGAUGCAUGCACUGCUCCUGGAUCGAUUCAAGACUGCUGACGCCGAGAGCUGGAAGCAGUCCGGUGCGCCGGUGCUCCCGGAUCUGGAAGCUGCUGAAGCAUGGCUCACCAAGAACCCGAAGGAGGAACCCGAGGAGGAACCAUUAGCAGCUGCACUGCUGCGCAGGAUGUCCGAGAAACUCUGAAUUUUGCCCCCUGGAAAGUUCCUUAUGUGCUCUUGCUGUGGAGUGAGGGAUCCAAAGAAACGGCUGUGUUGUAGUAACGUGAAGAAAUAGGCUAUUUUGAUUAUCUGGAGCUACUCCCUGUCUCUGGUAGUAUUUGCAGUACAGCAAUUCAGCAUGUGCCGGACAUGUUUCAGCCAAGAAUAAUCAUGAUUAGGUGGAUCGUGUUUCAGCCAACAAUAAUCAUGGUUAUAUCAAGUAUUACUCAUCUUUAUGCUUCCUA